CUUGCCCUAGUAUACACUGUAAACCCCCCCAUAUUCCCGUCUCAUUGCUAAACUCACCUCCAAAACCCACAAAAGAAUGGGGGGAUCAAGAAGAAAGUACAAGAACUCAAGGCCAAAGGUGAAAGUAGGGCUUCCAAAGAAGAACCCUAAAAUUGUAAAACCAUCCUUCAAUCUUCCCCCUAAAUUACGUGCCCUUCUCGACCCAUUAGGCACCAAAUGGGACGAAAAUGGCAGCGUUAUCGCCAAUUACAAGCAAUUUGGUGUCGUUUCAAACCCUAAUUUUCUCGGAGUUCGUGCUCGCACUGCGCAUAUCAUCGAGAGCGAUUCUCUUCAAGUUCCUCCUCUCCCUAAACAUCCCGCCGAUGCCAUAGUCGAUGAGUUUGAGGCUGUUGAUUCUGGUAGCGACCUCGAAGAAGACGAUCUUAAAUCAGCACUUGGAAAGAGACGAAGGGAUGGAAAAGGUGCACCAUCACAACCGUUGACAACUAUGCAGCGUGCUCAUCUUCGACCUUUGAUUGAGAAGUAUGGAGAUGAUUAUGAGAGCAUGUUUCGGGAUAUAAAACUUAAUGCUAUGCAGCACUCUAUUGCCACACUGAAGAAUCUGUGCCAAAGAUACCAUCAGUGGAAGGACAAAAAUCCAUUGAUAUUGUCCAAGUGAAGAAUCUGUGAAAUCUUGCUUGCAUUUUAUCGGCCAAAAUGGUGGCACGGCCUCAAAGUUUCAACUUCUAGUGCAUUGUAUGAUGAGGUGAUUUUUAGAGAAUCAAUUUUGUCUUUUUAUGCUUUUAGAAGUUAUACAACACUAUCGUCUAUCAACUUAACACUGGGGACAAAAGAAAACUGCCCCGAAAGUUUUGUGUAAUUUAGGAACGUUGGGACUUUUAUCAUGUUUACUGUUUAUUACAAUUUUAUAGCUUCAAGUAGUUCUCAUUUAAGUUCUCUCUCUUGACUUCGAGGUUUCAAGUGUUAUAGCUUCAAGUUUUUAUGUUCAACUUGUAAGUUAUAAAUGAUUAUGCUACCUGUAUUAUCAAGUGUGUUAAAUCUAGAAAGUGCGAUCUCCUGUCA